GGGAGAAGAAGAAGAACAUCAUCAUCAUCAACAUCUUUUCACUGACAGCAUGAUGAAGACUCUCUGCUUCACUCUGGGGCUGCUGCUGCUCACCGCCUGCUGCUGCAACGCCAUGCCUGAAGCUCUGAAGUUCAACACAGCACCUGGAAACUGCUGCUUCAAAUUUUUCACACAGAAAAUACCAGUAAAGCGUGUGUUCAACAUAACCAAGACCCACAGCUCCUGUCAGAAUCAGGCAUUCAUAGUCCAUACUAUCAGAGGAAUACCGAUCUGCUUCAGAGAAACUUUCCAGUGGGCUCGGGAUAUCUACAGUCAGCAGCACUACAUCGUGGGCAGCAGUCAGCAGCUUUAAAGAUGUAUCACUGUAGUAUUACUAUACGCUUAAUUUAGGCUAUACU